AUGAAGUCUGAUCAACUUUGUACUUUAAUUAUUUCAUAUGGUGAUCCAGCUGAUGACUCAAAACAAUUUACAACAGCACAUUCUUUUUAUGGAACAGAUCCAAAUGAAUACCCACAAACAAGGAGGUUAAUUCAUAAUGCAUCUUUACUUCCCUGUAUAACUCAAAGUACAUCUGAUGCCGAUUUGACUAUAAUAAGAAAAGGAAGGCAACCAAUUGAUCAUCUUAACGUAAAAACAAUAACAAAUUAUAAAAGUAUUAAAAAGGAGAACGGUAUUGUUAAAGAAAUUGAUAAUAAACAACCAAAGAUGAAUGUUCAUGAGGUUACCGUUAAAUAUGAGGGAUAUUAUCCCAAUAAAAGUAAAAAUUAUAUAAAUGUUAUCCAUGACAAUGUUAAAUCCCAUGAAAUUAAAGACAUUACAUCAUCUAAUUAUAAACAAUUAUCAAGAACAACUUUUGAUUAUUCAUCAAAACCCUCAGAAUUGGUAAAUAUACCUUCUAUACCAAAAACAUCACCUCCACGUGAUGAUAUUAUAAAACCAAAAAUUAUUUAUACUACAUUUACUGAUAAGAAAAGUAAAGAUGAGAAACAAAAAAUUAGAAAAGACUUAGAUUACGUUAAUGUUCCCAAAGUUACUCAUUUUGGAGUUUAUGAUGAUUCAUAUACAGGAAGCUAUAAUCAUAAUUCUAAUGAAUCAUUACAUGAAUAUUCUCGUUCUAAAUCAUCACCACCAUAUACAAAGACAGAUAAAAAAGAUAAAAUUAAAUAUGAUGAACAAUAUGAUAUUUCAGAUAAAUCAAUUAGUCCAACUAGUCCAAUCAUGUCAACAUAUGAACAAAUUGAAAUGGCUAAAAAAAUUCAAAAAGAAAUGCAAACAUGGAAAUUUCGUAAUGGUAAACCUGUUAGUAAAGAAACUCAUAUAGAUGAUGAUGAUUCUAUAUCUGGAAAAUCAGGUGGAAGAUAUGGUUUGGAUACACGUGAACUUAGUUAUAUUGAUUCAGCAUAUGAAAGUACAAAAGGAGAAUAUUAUAUACCUAAUAAAGUUACUUCACCAAAAGUUGUCACAACAUUUGAAGCAACCCCUGCAUAUGCUAUUCCUGAUGAUGAUAGUAUAAAAUCUUCUAUAAAAUCUUUCAAAACAAUUAAACCUGAAACGAUGACAUCAAGAAAAGAACCUUAUUCAUCAACACAUCAAUUGAGAACACAUGAAACUAUUAUUAGUGAGACAAUUGAAACUGAACAUAGAAUAAUAAAAAGUAUUAAAUGUGAAAAAGAUGAUAAGGCAUAUGCUGAACCAGCUAUUGUUAAAAAUGGUGAAAAAGAUUAUAAUAAAAGAAAUGAAUCAACAAUACAAUGUCAUAGUUUCAAGGAUAAUAUUGAUGAAAAAUAUCAUACCUCCAAAGGUAUAUAUAAAGAAACAUAUUCUGCCAUAUCUAAAUCAUUAAAAAAUAAAGAUUCUACAUCUAAAAAACACAAUCCAUAUGAAGUCACAAAUAUUGUGAAUUUAGAAAGUCCAAAAAUUUCUAGACCACUUUAUGAUAGUAAUGAAAGUUAUUCAAGUACUAAAUUAAUAAAAACUAUAAAAACUACUAAAAAACCUUCAGAUAAGGUUAAAAAAAUUAUAAAACCAUUAGAAAAUAUUAUUACAAAAGAUAUAGAUAUUAAAAAAGAAGAAAAAUAUAAUAAUUAUUAUAAAAAUAAUGAAAGUACUAGUAUAACUAUUAAAGAACCUCAAAUGGUUUCAACACAUAUUGUUAAAAAUCUUUUACAACCUAAAAAAAAAGAAUAUAAACAAAUUUAUAAAAAUAUUAUUAUUGAAGAAUGUACAAAUAAAGAAAUUCGUAGAUAUAAAAAAGAUAAAAAACCAUUUUAUGAAGAAAAAAAGACAGAAGAAAUAGUUGAAAAACUUCAUGAAAUUCAACCAAUACCAUUAAUAAAAAAACCUAUUGAAAUUAAAAAGACAUCAGAUGAUAACAAUAAAACAACAAAAGAUGUUAUUAUUCAUACACAAGAUUUUACAGAAACAAAUCGUUCUAAAUUAAUUAAACCAUCACCAAUUAUACCAAUUCCAAAGAUACCAAAAAUUACACAAACAGAAACUAAUAAAUAUGAUGAUAAAACACCACCAUCAAAACCACAAAGACUUGAGGAUAUUUCAAGUGUAGUUUUAAAAAGAACAAUAGAAACAUCAACAGAUGAUUUAAUAACUACUAAAGAAAUUAGUGUUAAAAAACCUUCAGCUAUAAUUCAAAUUCCAUCUUUACCAACAAUACCACAUUCUGAAGACAAAAAACAAUCAAUUAUCGUUAAAACUAUAACAAAAAAUGAAGGAACUAAUACUGAUAAGAUUAUUGAAAAACCUAGAACACGUUCUCCUUCACCACAAUGGCGUUACGAAAAAGAUGAAAUUAUUGAUACAACAAAAAUUAUUGAGGAGAAAAAAAAGAUAAAAUCUGCUGACACAGAAAGUAGUGCCAUUUCAAGUGAUUCAAGAGAAAAAGUUAAAAACGUUUUUGAUAAUGGUACUGAGUAUGGGACAAAAAUGACAGAAAAAAAGCAAUUUUUACUUUAUAAUAAUGCCCAUUCUUCAUUAGUUACAACUUUUAGUAGUGGUUCAUCUAAUAAACAUGAAUCAAAUUCUAACAAUAUGUUUAGUAACACAUUUUCUAAACAUAAUUAUGAUUCUUAUAAUUCAUCUAAUAUGCAUUCGACUUACAAAAGUGCUAUUUCACCACGAGUUGGAAUUGAAGGAGUUAAACAUCCUGCUCCAUCUUCAAAUACAGGAUUUUCAAAGGUAUUUGUAGAAACUUGUAAAUAUUCUGCCGGAAUGUCGUCAAUGUCUCAAUCAACUGCCAACAGAAUACGUGAUGAUCGUGAAAGAGAAAAAAAAGAAAUGAGUAUACUUAACGAUCGUUUAGCUAGUUACAUUGAAAAAGUCAGAUUUCUUGGAGCACAAAAUAGAAAAUUAAAAGCUGAUUUAGAUUUAUUAAGAUCAAGGUGUGGAAAAGAAUCAUAUUCUGUUAAAGAGAUGUAUGAAAAAGAAAUUUAUGAAGCAAAAGAAUUAUGUUAUUCUACUAAUAAAGAACGUGAAGAAUUGGAGAAGACAAUUCAUUUACUACUCGAUGAAAUUAGGAUGUUUAGAGAUAAAUAUGAUGAUGUAAAAAAUGCUAGAGAGUUAGAUCGUGAUAUGAUAAACAAACUUAUUCAACAAUUAUGUGAAAUGGAAAGUGAAAUAAAAAGUGUUAGACAACAAAUAGAAAAUUUAAAUUAUGAUGUUGUUGAUCUUAAAAAAGAGAAUGCUUCAUUAUUACAAGAAAUUCAAAAAACAAGAAAUGAUAUUGAUCAAGAGACAUUAAAUAAGAUUGAUUAUCAAAAUCAAGUUCAAACAUUAUUAGAAGAAAUAAGAUUUAUUACUGAAGCUAAUGAACAAGAAAUAAUUGAUUUACAACAUAUGGCUUACAGAGAUACAACAGCAGAAACUCGUGAAAGCUUUAAACAAGAACUUUCAUCAGCUAUUAAUGAUAUUAGAGAGGAACAUAAUCAAAUAUGUGAAGCACAACGUACAGAAAUGGAAUCAUGGUAUAGAAUUAAAGUUCAAGAAAUUCAUACAAAAACUGCUACUAAAGAACUUGAACAAUCAUAUUGUAAAGAAGAAGUUCGCAAACUUCGUAGUCAAUGUAUUGAUAUUCGUGGACGUCUUAGUGAAUUAGAAUCUAGAAAUGCUAUACUUGAAAAACAAGCAGAAGAUUUACGUUGUCAAAUGAGUGAUGAAGCUCGUAGUUAUGAAGCACAAAUAGCUGAUCGUGAUAAUCAAAUAAAUAAAAUGAAAAAUGAGGCUAAUACAUUAAUGAUUGAAUUACAAUUAUUAUUAGAUAAAAAAGCAACCCUUGAUGCUGAGAUUGCUAUAUAUAAAAGUUUACUUGAUGGAGAAGCUAAUAGAGUUGGUCUUUCACAACUCACUGACCGUGUUAAAGGUUAUACAUUCUCUAAGGAAACUGUUAUUGAUCAAAAAAGAGUUGUUAAAGGUGAACAUACAUCUAGAAGUGGAUUCCAAAGAUCAGCCAAAGGUAAUGUAUCAAUUAUUGAAGCAAGUUUAAAUGGUAAUGUUAUUACAAUUGAAAAUUCUAAUCGUUCUAAAGCAGAAAAUAUUGGUAAUUGGCAAUUAAAAAGAUUAAUUGGUGGUCCACAUCCAAAAGAAAUUACUUAUACAUUCCCUAAAGAUUUUAUUCUUUAUCCAUUAAAAACUGUUAAAAUAUAUGCUAGAAAUGAAGGUGUUCAUAAUCCACCAGAUUCAAUUGUAACAAAUGAAGAAACCUUUGGUACUGGAGCACAUGUUCAAACAUUUCUUUACAAUGCCAAUGGAGAAGAAAGAGCAACCUUUAUGCAAAAAUCUAAUAUUGCUUUCUAA